UUAAAUGCAAACAACUCCCUCCACGCUCUUGCUCUGAAAAUUAAUAAUGUCUGAGAAGACGUGUCUGCUUCUUUCCAUCCUCUUGAUCUCAGUCGUCUUUUUCUUCACAUUACCAACUGCUGGAAGAGUACUGCAGGCCGAUGCACCUGCGCAAGAGGAUAAUUAUGAGAGUACUCAGAGUGGGAAUGGUCGAAGCAAAAUAGGAGUAUGGGGCAGCAAGUCCAACCCAACAAAGUCAGCCACUGGCCCGUCAUCUCCCUCUCAGGCAACUCCCACAGGUACAUCUUCUAGGGGUACUAUUCCGAGCAAGUCGCCAUCACUUCAUUUCUCCUUAUUAAGCCUGUUAACAUAGACAGUUGGCCACAUGAUUUGAACAAAUUUUAUAAAUUAGUUUUAUCUUUAUUAA